UGUUCUAAACACUGGGGGAGAUACAAGAGAUGCUGUGAUGACAUGUACCAGGCUGUAUAAAGUCUUUAACCAUAUGUAGAAGUUAUUGGUUAAGGCCUAUAAUGGAACUCAUUUCUUCACCCAAGCUUCCAUGGAAAAAUGACAACAAACCCUCCCUACCACCAUUUUUCAGCCCUGUUUGCAGCUGUCUGCACAACUUAAGAUAUUCCAAAAGAAGCUUAAUAAAUGCCAUUACUAAAUUAAGAAGAAGAUAUUUGGGUGCUGUGCAUGGGGCAGAGAACUUCGCUAGAUACAAUGCCAUUCAUCCCUCUCAAAUGCUGUAACAGGAGAAACAUCCAUUAUGUGCUAAAGAAUUCAAGCACCCAGAUUGUAGCCAAGUUUCUGGCGUGAGCAGAUCGUCUCUCCCACAUUUGCUUCUUUCAUAUUCAAGAGAAAAGUUCCUUCCCACAUUGGAACCUUAAGACCAGAGAGUCCUGAAGAGUGGGUUUUUAGAGAAGGCCACAGACUUUCACAGCUCUGUGAAGGAGCUGGAGGCCCCAAUGGCAGCUGGGAAGGGUGACACUCACAGCCCCUUAGCUGACAAGAGAAUGAGAACCGAGGAAGUUGAGGGCAACAAGAGCAGGAAUCCAGUGUUCCUGGAGAAAAUGAAUCGCUUGAGCAAGAAACUUCCCUACCCUCCCAGUGACAGGGGAGAUGGGGGAAGCGAACACGUCCUGUCAAUGACCGUGGGAAGAUUCACCUCGGGAAAGCAGCUGGCCAAAAAGGAGCGCUGGGAGCAGAAGCCGAGCGCUUUCACGGAGGUCAGGAGACUAAAGGACAAGCUAUGGAAUGAGAAGGUCAGGGAAGGUGAACGAGAGGGCACCCCAGGUCAACUAAACAAAGAACAGCAUCCCGAGGACUCCGUCUUGAACAUGUCAGGGAGUGCUUUUUCCUUUGUGUGUCCCAACAGAGCCAGAGGGGAGCAGAAAAGCGCCUUCAGCAAACCAGCCAAGUGUCUGGUGGAGAGAACAGCGCUCACCUCUGCUCUCCCAGCUCAUAAGGCAGUUGAAACCCUGGGAGACCUGUCAGGAUUCAUCAACAGCAUGGAGAUCAUGUGUUGUGGCAAUCUCCUGAAUUCCAGAUUUAUUGCCAGCGAUUUGUGUGGCCCGCAAAUGACGCAGACCAAUCCCUCCCAGAAUUGUGCUUUCCCAUAUCCCUCUGAACAAUGGCCCGGACCCAAAACGGGCCUGAUACACUCAUCGCCCUCCUCCUUCCCAUCCCCCUCUCCCUCUUCCUCCUCUUCCUUGACCUUGCUCCCUCCCACCUUCACAGCCUUUGGUGUGGCAGCCCAGAACUGGUGUGCAAAAUGCAACCUCUCCUUCCGGAUGACCUCCGACUUGGUUUUCCACAUGCGAUCCCACCACAAGAAGGAAUAUUCAUCCCCCGAGUCUCAAUCCAAGAGGAAAAGAGAAGAGAAACUGGCCUGUCCAAUUUGCCACGAGUAUUUCCGCGAGCAUCACCAUUUGUCCCGGCACAUGACUUCUCACAAUUAAAGACAUGACUGCAAGCAGAAGAGGGACGUUGCUUAAUUUAUUUUCUUUUGGGAAGCAGAUAUUUACCCUAAUUUACAAUUGUAUCCCUUUCUGGAAAGAUAGGAAGUUAACAGGAGAAGCAGCAGGCUAAGAUUUAGAAAGCCUAAUCCAGUUCUUGUUUUAUUUUUCAAGAAUUAAAACAGUGGAAUCAAAUGACAGGUGGUUGGUAA